AUGGACACGUCCAGCACCAACUCUCAUCACACUCAACAGAGACCCAAGUGGGACAAUAAGGUUCAGUAUCUGCUCACCUGUAUUGGAUUCGCUGUGGGACUCGGGAAUGUUUGGAGAUUUCCAUACCUGUGCCAGAUUUACGGAGGAGGUGCGUUCUUGAUCCCGUACCUGAUCGCUCUGGUGUUUGAGGGUCUGCCGUUACUCUAUCUGGAGCUGGCCAUAGGUCAGAGUCUGAGGAUGGGCAGCAUCGGGGUCUGGCACUCAAUCUCUCCUCUGUUGGGUGGAGUGGGUGUGGCGUCGAUGAUCAUCUCAUUCCUGGUGGGUUUGUUCUAUAACACCAUUCUGGCGUGGGUUCUGUGGUACUUCUUUCACUCGUUUCAGGAGCCUCUUCCCUGGAGUCAGUGUCCUGUAAACGACAACCUCACAGGUUAUGUGCAGGAGUGUGUUCUCAGCACACCGGUGAAUUAUUUCUGGUACAGAAAGACUCUGAACAUCACUCCAGACAUCGAGGAGAGCGGCUCUCUGCAGUGGUGGCUGGUGGUGUGUUUGGCUUCGGCCUGGAGCAUCGUUUACAUCUGCUUCAUACGCGGUAUCGAGACCAUCGGCAAAGCUGUGUAUGUGACCGCUACAUUCCCCUACCUGGUGUUGACCAUCUUUCUGAUCCGAGCUCUCACUCUGCCCGGAGCCACAGACGGUCUGCUGUAUCUCUUCACACCUGACCGCCGACGUUUAUACGCCUCGAGUUCCCCAGAUUCCAUCUUGGCUUUACAGGCCACAUCCAACUACAACAGCGUCGAACAUAAUAACAUCUUGGAUCUGACGAACGCCUUCCACCUCGGAGAUCAGAACAUCACCAUUGAGAACUACGACCGCUGGCUGAGGACGCUGAACGCAUCAGAUCCUGAGAAAGUGUCCGGUCUGAACCUGAAGCUCUGUGUCCUCAAGAACUUCCUGGAUCAGAGUGCUUCAGGAACGGGUCUGGCCUUCCUUGUGUUCACGGAGGCUGUGCUGGAGAUGCCGGGGUCACAGGUGUGGGCCGUGCUCUUCUUCAUCAUGCUCUUCAGUCUGGGGCUCUCCUCCAUGUUUGGGAAUCUGGAGGGAGUUCUGACUCCUCUGCUGGAUCUCCACAUGAUUCCCAAAUGGAUCCCAAAAGAACUCUUCACAGGUUUGAUGUGUGUUGUGUGUUUUCUCGUGGCUCUGAUCUUCACACUGGGUUCUGGGAAUUAUUGGCUGGAGAUCUUCAACAGUUACGUUGGCUCUGUUCCGCUCCUCGUCAUAGCAUUCUUCGAGCUGGUCGGGGUCGUGGUCUUCUACGGAAUGGAUCGUUUCAGCGAUGAUAUUGAAAUGAUGACGGGCCGCAGACCAAACCUCUUCUGGCGUGUGUGCUGGAUGGGAGUCAGUCCUCUCUUGCUAUUGGUCGUUCUGGUGGCUUACAUCAUCAUCCAGGUGCAGAAACACCCCACGUACCCCACCUGGAACCCUGCAUAUGUGAAUUUCCCAGAGAUGGAGGAGAAGCCGUAUUCCCCGUGGGUGUUUGCCAUCUGUGUGCUGUUGAGCUCUGUGCCGGUGAUCUCUAUACCCAUCGUGGCCGCACACAGACUGAUGAAACGACAAACACGGCCACGCAACAGUGAAACCCUCCCAAACCCGUACCACAACCCCACCUUCACACCAGACCCAGUCCUAACUGACAGCAUUAUAAACACAUCUGCACAGACUACAGUAUAA